AUGUUAGUCGCUAGUAAAGGUGUCCUUGUGAAAUGUGAUCCAUCAAUAAAGGCACUCAUUAUUCAAAUUGACUCAGUUACCCCAGGCAUUGUGCUAGAAGAAUUGGACGACACACAUUUAUUAAUACAACAAGAUAAAGUAGAUACAGUCAAAAAUGAGUUAAACAAGAUGUUGUCGAAAAAUAUCUACAAUCCGUUUGAGGAAGAGUAA